GUCUCUCUCUUCGAGACGAAGAUAACAAAUACAAGGUGCCAUUCCCGAGAAAUUUCUCUCUCUCUCUCUCCCCUCCGCUCGUUUCCUCUUCUUCCCGAGAAACCAGAAAGUUGCUUGCAGCCUCCUGUGAAAGAACUAAACCUUGCUUUAAUUAAUAGCUCUCAUAUUAUGGGUUUCAGUUCAGUCUUUAGAUCUCUGCAAGAGGUCUUUCCACAGGUUGAUAUACGUGUGCUGAAGGCUGUUGCCAUUGAACACCCCAAGGAUGCUGAUGCUGCUGUGGAAUGUAUUCUUUUUGAGGUUCUUCCCUAUCUUCGUAGUCCAUCAGAGCCACUUUGUACUCAGAAUGAUAGUCAAGAUGUUAAUCAUUCAAUUUUCGGAGGAGAGGAGCCCGGGCAGGGGGUAGUUGAAGGGGUAAUUGCAGAUUCACAGUCAAAUUCAGUAUUUGAUGCUAGUGAAAAUGCUAAUGAUUCAAUCAAUACUACCAAUGCACUUUUUGGUGAUGCAAAAUGUGUGAACGAGGAAUUUGUUGGUUCUUCUGUUUCAAGUCCCCAUGGUGGAUAUGGUGAUGAAUUGCAAAUGAGCGCAUGUGGACUUGGAAACACAGCCUUGGAUCAGCCUUCUGUUCACUUAUUUUUAAAUACUGAAACUGAAGAGUUCAUUUCUUUUGGAAAGAGUCAAAAUAUCAGUGUUGCAGAUGGGUCAGAUCAGGUUUCACAUGUGGGACCUGGACCUUUGAUACAGGAAGACUGUUUCACUGACUGCUGUAAUGAUGCUUCAUCUUUCAAUAUAAAAGAUUCAAAUGAGUUGGUAAUACAUGAUAGUUGGUCUACUUGUGGAGAGAGUCAUCAAGAUCAAACUUGCUUAGAUGCCGAUUCAUUGAAAGUGGAAAAUUUGCCAGCUUCAGUUCAGCUUAUUUCAUCGGCUAAAGAAUCUCAAGAAGAAACAGCAGAUUCUGCAGAAUAUGAAUCUUUGUCAGCAAAGAUUGGUGCUAUCAUUAAUGACUUCGAGAAACCAGAUUCAAGAAGUCCAUCAGAGAAUGUUUCUGCAGAAGAGGUCUUUGAUGCUGUAGGUCAUGUUGAAAAUGGGUCUUCAUCAAUAGCUAUUGUUUCACAUUCCAGCCAAAUUUGUAGCAUUGAUCUUCUCGAGGAGAGUAUUGGAGAAGCAAAAAAUAACAAGAGAACUCUGUUCUUGGCAAUGGAGUCUGUCAUCAACAAGAUGAAAGAAUUGGAGUUUCAAGAGGAAGCUGCGGAAAAGGCCAAAAGGGAAGUUGCGGAGGGUGGUCUUGAUAUUCUUGCCAAGGUGGAAGACCUUAGAGAGAUGCUGCAACAUGCUAAGGAAGCCAACGACAUGCAUGCAGGAGAAGUCUAUGGAGAGAAGGCGAUUCUAGCGACAGAACUCAGGGAACUUCAAGCCCGUAUCCAGAAUUUGUCUGAUGAGAGAGAAAAAUCUUUGGCAGUUCUUGAUGAGAUGAGCCAAACUCUUGAAAUACGAUUAUCUGCAGCAGCAGAAGAGAGAAAAAUAGCCGGGCAAGAGAAGCUAGAAAAUGAAAAGUCAGCAAGAAUGGUUCUUGUAGAGCAAGAGCUAGCGAUGGAGAGGGUAGUUGAGGAGACCAAAAGACUACAGCAACAAGCUGAGGAGAACUCCAAGUUACGGGACUUUCUCAUGGACCGCGGUCAUGUUGUUGAUAUAUUGCAAGGAGAGAUUGCGGUUAUUUGUCAGGAUGUGAAAUUGCUGAAAGAAAAGUUUGACGAAUGUGUCCCUAUUAGCAAGUCCUUAUCCUCAAGCCAGACAAGUUGUAUUUUAGCAUCUUCAAGCUCUUCCAUUAAGAGUCUGGUGUCUGAUCGGGUUCCUGAGGAAGUCGAGGCUUCUGAGGAGAAGCCAAGCCCAGCUCCUUCAUCUGAAGGCCAGGUGCAGAAGAGCAGCGUUGAAGAGAAUACUGCUGCUGGUGAUGACAAGAUCCCUUUGGAUGAUGGAUGGGAAUUCUUUGGUGAUGAGGACGAUUUUUAAGCUGAAUCACUAAUUGCUUAUAUGAUCCAACUGGAGCAGGCUGGAGGAGGAUUGGGCUCUGUUUAUAGUAUAAAGUAGUGCCUGAUAGCGGCAUUCUCGGUUUCUUCGGUAAAGCUAGGGUUGAAUAAAGAGUUCAAAUGAUAAUUGACUUUUAUGAAUAUAUUUAAAAAUAGUUAUAGGUUUUAAGUGCCAGGACUUGGAGAAUUCUAUUGGAGACUCUGUGUGGUUUUCCAUUAGUAUAAUCAGGCACGCCCAGAUUUCACCUGUACAGCAAAGAUACUGAUAGUAGUGAAUUUGUUAAUAGGGGCUAGUAUAUAGGAUCUUCCUUUACUGCUUUUAUAAAUGAGUUGUUGCUUGUAUAUACCUGCAAGGUCAAAUAGGCAUUCCCCUAAA